CUGCAAGAGCAGUGUUUCGUCAACACAGUGCUUGUGUUGUUGUAGAUCUCUGUUAGGCUGCGAAGGUCGAAGAGUGUUGGACGCGCCGGAUACUGAAGUAUGUUCAUCUUGCUGUGAGCCGAAAGCAUAGGUUUUGUUAUAAUUUUUUUGCUUAGCUCGCACAAACGUUCUUUCCCCUUCUUAUGCUAAGACUUCCAAAGUUAGAAUAACAAUGGCUGUCUGAAGAGUUUUUGGGAAACUCCCCUUAAAACUGUUUCCAGACUGCAUCUGUAUCCGGCUCUAGGUGUACCAGAAUCUUCGAAAAAUGGCAGAAGGAGCAGAGCCGGUCAGGCCCCUGAGUCACAGCCAGGAGCUCCUCCACAGGCUGCAGGAGCAGAGGGUGAUGGGAUUGUUCUGCGACGUCACGGUGGUGGUGGAGGGCGGCACCCUUUUCCCCGCACACAGGAAUGUCCUCUCCGCCUGCAGCGACCUCUUCGGCAGCCUCCUGAGCGCGGGGGGGGACACCGUGGAGCUGAAGAGUGUCAGCCCCCCGAGUUUCGCCGGGCUCCUGGAGUUCGUCUACACUGCCGCCAUGCCAAGCAGUGGUCUCCAGGAAUUUUACGCCACAGCCGAGCUGCUGAGGGUAAGCCUGCCCCUGCCCCCACACCCAGGAUGCCUCCUCAGUGAAACCGUUCUUCCUUCAGCUCAGGACGGUCAGCUUCGUCCGAGUGCCGAAUCCGGCAAGCACACUGACUCGCAGGAGUCAGGGGGCCAGGGACCUGUCUGUGAGCAAGAUGGAAGGAGAACUUUAGAGGCAAAGACCGGAGCUGCCCUGAAGCAGCCAUUACAUUCUGGAGGCCCAAAGCAGAAGGAGGCGAAUCAAAGCACUGAAAUGGACCAGAAUGCUGGUGGCACAGACCUGCUUUCAAGGAAAACGCUGGCAGACAAACGGUGCCCUUCGCUGAAGCUCCAAGACAUGGAAUAUGGGAAAGAGGGAAGGUCUACUCUGUCCUCAGGGCAGGAGGAGCAACAGGAGCAGGAGGACAGCGGCCAGGUGGCCCAGCGCGGGGGGUGGCCCCGCGGGGGCAAGCUGUACCAGUGCGACCAGUGCGGGAAGCAGCUGGGCUCCCUGGAGAAGCUGAGAGACCACGUGGCCUAUCACUCCGACGCCCGUCCGCAUCACUGCCGUCUCUGUGACAAGGCCUACAAGGUCAAGAAUGACCUGACGCAGCACAUCAGAGCCAAGCACGAGGAGGCCUGGAGAGGCAAGCCAGCCCUGGUACAGCUGUGCGAGUUCUGUGGCCAGGCCGUCCAGCACUACAAGAGCCACAAGCUCUUCUGCAGUGGGCUGAAGAGGUUCCAGUGCGGGUUCUGCACGCAGAGUUUCCCUCGCCUGUCGGAGCUGAAGAGGCACACGUGGACUCACACUGGCGACCUGCCCUACCAGUGCUCAGUCUGCGAGAAGCGUUGCCGUCACCCCAGCAACCUGAAGAAGCACAUGCGAGUGGUGCACCGGGAGGACAGGCGCGUGCGGAUCGACAGGGAACACGCCUCCCCCCGCCUCCUCCGGGACUUCCUGCCUCUGCACCCCCCUGAGGGGCCCGGGGCCGGUACUGCUGGUGCCCUCACAGCUCCGGCACAGCUGUCGCCGAGCAGCCGGUCGCACACCACGGCCCCGUCUCUCCCAGCUCCCUUCAGCCCACUACACCACGGCCCCGGCUAAGCCCGGGACAGGGGGCCUAGUUUUCCUGUUAAAAACCUGUGUGGCGGUGCUGUCGCCUGGUGUUUCUUUCUUUUCUAUUUUGAGAGGUUUUCUGAUAGGCCAGCACAGUUCUCAGCACUUGUAUACGCUUCCUCUGAUUCAGGGUCAUGGGGGAGUCAGAGCCUGUCCCAGCAAGCCAUGGGCACAAGGCAGGAUACCCCCUGGAUGGGACGCCAGUCCACCUCAGGGCAGGCAGACAUGGACACACAAAAACUCACGCCAAGGCCAGUUUUCCCAGAAGCCAAUUAACCUAUCAGUACACCUUUGGAUUGUGGGAGGAAACCCAUGGGAACAUUAGGAAAACAUAAACAACACGAGGGCACCCCAGGAAUUGAAUAUGGGGGCUUCAGCGCUGGGAGGCAGCAAUGCCAAUUACUGUGCCGCCAUGUGUAAACACAAUUUUUUCUAAUUUAGAUUUAUAGUAUGGCAUAAAUGUAGCUGGAACUCCUACUGUAUGGCUUUGCUAUUCAGUGAAUUGGCCUUGUUUGUAUGAUUUGUGAUGUAUGAUUAUGAUUAGGUUAAAUUUGCAUUUAGGAUAAAUGUUAAAUAUCAGAAUUUUCUGAAAACAAUCACAACCACUAUUAUACUGAAGGAAGUACAUGAACUCUAUAACUUCAUUAAAUUUAAAGUUGUAUCAUUUUCAAAUGUACCCUUCUGACACAACUAGAGUUACAGUAAUUUAUACGUACGUAACAACAGACCUUUAAAAAAUGUAAAUUGGGAAUCAAAGGGCAUUCUCCUACUUAAAACAUAUUUCUGUUGAUGGAAUUUUUAUCAGUAGAACAAAUAAAAGUUUAAUGGUUUGGAGAACUAGGAGUGUUUCACGUACCUUUGGAUAUUAUCAAGCCCAUUGGGCCUUUCCGAAUGAUCUAAUAUGAGCAGAAAUAAUGACACACAGUAAAUAUAAACAACAGGAAUGAUCUGACAGUGUGGGGACCACUUCAAAAUAAAUGAGAGAAGAGUCUUGACUUAAAAGAUUGGAAAAAUGUACAGUUUCAAAAUCUGAGACAAAACUAAUUCCUCAGAUUUUUUGUAACAAGUUUCCAUGACUCCAAAUCAUUUAAGGUGACACAGAUACAUGCUGGCAUUGUAGCUAAUACACAGGAACUUGAAGACAAUCUACCUGGUCAGAAAUUCAGAGAAUAGUUGUGGACAUUCUGUAGAGUGGUGUCCUGUGCAUCUAUUCCUGCUUUUGUUUGUUUUGCCAAUCAAUAACAAUGGAGGGCAUGGUAGGCACAUAUUUAAUAGCAUAUAAUUAGAAAAAUGUGAAAGCAAUUAAUAGAAAGCCACACAUAACUUAAUACAUACUGUACCUGGAAAUGCUGGUAAUGCAGAAAGGUGUCUCCCAGUUUGUCUUGCACCACCACUGUUUCCCAGAGGCCAAUAUGCCAGCAGAGAAGUUCCAGAAUCAACAUUUAGGAUCCUGUCACUCUGUAACGUUACCUACCUAGUUUGGUCAUUUUUGUAUUCUACUUUUGUAACUUGACAUUUAGUUUCACACAGUUGUUUUGGUUUCUGUUGCUAAAGUUAUAAUAACCAAACAUUAAAAAAAGCUAAAAAAAAGUAGUAGAAAACUUGAACUAGUACUCAAUUAACUUGGAGUGUAAUUUAUCUAUUAUAUUAUUUGUGUCUCCUCGUCAUAAGACAUAUCCAGCUAUCUGUAAUUGAGGAAACUGCAAUAUUAUUAGCUGAACAUAUCAGGGAUGUCAAAAAUUGUCACUUGAGUACUGUUGGUACACAAAAAGCUUUUAGUAUUACUUUGAAAGAAAAAAACAAAGCAACUAUCAGAUGUCUGACCUAAGGAAUGUCAAUACUC